AGUCUCGUCCUGCGGCGGCUUCCUCGCUACAGGCAUUUGGAAGCGAGUCGCGAUGGUUUAAUUGGUGAUGUGAAGUGGCAUUUCAGCCGUGAAAAACCAGGAGUACCUUUGUACUGAGUUAUUUUUACCGUGAACGUUUGCUGAAACCAUGUUGUAUUCUGGAUCUACGUUGUUUUCGUGGCUCUCGGAGUGGUCUCUCCUUCCGCUGGAUCAGGUGAAUUUCCUGAUAACUCAAUGCGUAUGUCUCGGAGCUGCCUUUGCAUUUCGGCGCUUUCUGCACCCGACUAAAGCAUCGCCCGUGCUUCGACUGAGCGUUGCGCUGUCACUCGGCCUAGCCCUCUCGUAUUUCUGCUUCGGAAGCAUCUGUCUUGUGAUUUCCCUGGUUUACUUGUCUGCGAUACAUUUAUGGAGGCAAUGGACUGAUUACGGAGCCUAUGUGAUCGACAUUACCGGACCGUUGAUGAUAAUGACUCAGAAAGUGACGAGUUUGGCAUUUAGUCUGCACGAUGGCCUGGCGAAAUCUUGGAACGACUUGAAUCCUGGACAAAAGCGCUACGCCAUUAAAAAAAAGCCGGGAGUGCUGGAAUUUUUUGGUUACGUGUUGAAUUUCCAAGGAGUCUGUGCUGGUCCCAUGGUAUUCUAUGUUGAUUACCAAGAAUUCGUGACUGGAAGGAAUUUCAAGAUUAAAGAAGCACGAAGUGAACAAAACGGGGUUUCUAAUGGUUCACGUUGUAUUCCUGCCUUGGACGAGAAAACAGCCGAACCAACUGCUUUGAUUGCUGUCACUUCCAAAGUUAGCGCGAGCCUCCUGUUUGCCCUCGGAUUCCUAUUUCUGGGACCCGUUUUUGAAAUCAAGCACCUCAAAGAUGACUCAUUCUUUGAAGCAUCGGUGGUGUACCGAAGCUUCUACGUGCUGAUGGCCACGACCAUUGCGAGGUGGAAAUAUUACGUUGCAUGGAUACUCGCUGAUGCAAUCGCAAACGCCUCUGGGUUGGGUUUCGCCGGCUAUGACGAAUCUGGACUUCCGCGAUGGGACCUGAUCUCGAACGUGGAUCUGUACGGCGUGGAGGUUGGCUUGAGUUUCCACGAACUCAUCGCCAGCUGGAAUAAGGGCACGAAUCGCUGGCUCAAGAUGACGGUGUAUGAACGCGUGCCCAAGUUUAGGACGUUGUCGACGUAUGUGCUGUCUGCUUUCUGGCACGGAUUCUAUCCCGGAUAUUACCUCACGUUCGUCGGCGGGGCUUUGUUCACUUUGUCUUCGCGAGCCGCAAGACGGAGCAUUCGUCCAUUCUUCUUGUCGUGCGAGAAGAAAAAAUUAUUCUAUGAUGCCAUAACGACUGUUACUGCGAGGCUCAUCUUGGCGUACAUCACGUUUUCAUUUGUUCUGCUUGAAUUCGGACCGAGCAUUAAAGUUUACAAGGGCUUUUAUUUCGCUCCACAUAUUAUCGGACUUGGCGUGAUGCUGUUGCCGUUUUUGUUGCCUACGCCGCGGCGUGAUAAAGGAAAUACCAAAAAGAACUCCUAA